CGAGGCAUGUCAAUACAAAUGUGGAUCCUCUCCACGACAGUUGAAAACUAGGAAUCGAAGCCUGGACUAGCAUGCAUCUCUUUCUCUUCCGUCUUCUGAUAAUUCAAUCUCUCUGCAUUUCGGACCAUUUAGCUCAUCACUUUGUUCUUUUUCCUCUUACACGCCGCUUUAUGUUUUUUGCUCUCAUGGGAUUCUCCAGUGUAUCCCCUUGAUGUUCAUCACUACGCUCUGCAGGAAGCUUCCGUAAAGUUUGAGCUUUCUGAUUCAGAUGGCAUUGAGCAGACAACACAAGGUUGGCAAUGGCUUCUCGACCAGAUGGGUUUCUUUCUUUUGCAUUGCCAGCUUCUUCCUGGGUUUUCUUGUUGUCAACAGGUUCUGGGAUGGCAAUCACGCAGUUAAAAUAGUCAAGGACACAUCAAUUAGGGAAACUUAUCUCUCAAGAGCUUUGCAUCCCUUGGUCAGCUGUAAUGAGGAGACAUCUAUUCAAGCAAGGGACAUCUUUCCUCAAGUUUCACAGACACGUGAUGUUAUCAUGGAACUGGACAAAAAAAUGUCCUCAUUGGAGAUGCAGCUUGCUGCAGCCAGAGCUGCCAAAAAUAAGCACAAAGUAGAAUCUCCUAUUUUUGCAAAUUCAGGAGAGAAAAUUAAGGAUGAGGGCAAAAUAUUCUUUGUUAUGGGAAUUAUUACAGCCUUUAGUGGCAGAAAGCUGAGGGACUCAAUUAGAAAAACAUGGAUGCCCCAAGGAAAGGAACUGAGUAAGCUGGAAAAAGAGAAGAAAAUCAUAAUUCGGUUUGUCAUAGGUCACAGUGCAACUCCAGGUGGUGUUUUAGAUCAUGCUAUUGAUGAAGAAGAUGGUAAGCAUAAGGAUUUCCUGCGACUGAGGCACAUGGAGGGAUACCAUACAUUAUCCUCCAAAACUCAAACCUUCUUUUCAACAGCUGUUGCUAAGUGGGAUGCUGACUUCUACAUUAAAGUUGAUGAUGAUGUACAUGUAAAUCUAGGUGCAGUUGGGUCAAUGUUGGCACACCAUAUGUCAAGACCACGUGUUUACAUUGGUUGUAUGAAAUCUGGACCCGUCCUUGCAAUUAAAGGUAUCAAGUACCAUGAACCUGAGUACUGGAAAUUUGGAGAAGAAGGAAAUAAGUAUUUCAGGCAUGCAGCCGGGCAAAUAUACGCAAUCUCGAAGGAUUUAGCAACCUACAUUUCAGCUAACGGGCAAAUACUUCACAAGUAUGCAAAUGAAGACGUCUCUCUGGGUUCAUGGUUUAUCGGUCUAGAUGUUGAGCACAUUGAUGAGCGAAGCCUCUGCUGUGGGAUUCCCGAUUGUGAGUGGAAGGCAGAAGCAGCUAAUCCAUGUGGUGCAUCAUUUGACUGGAGCUGUAACGGUAUCUGUAAGUCAGCAGAAAGAAUGGAGGAGGUGCACCAACUUUGUGGAGAAGGUGAUGCAGCUCUCUGGCAAUUCAAGCUCUUAAAUUAAAAUUCCCUAUUUGUAUCAAUCAUGUCUCGUGUCCCUUUGGAUGAAAUAUAGUUUUGUGAUUUAGCCUCACCCUCUGCCCAUUUUUGCCCUUGUGGAUUUAAAAGAAAAAAGAAACGAAAAAAAGUUGAUUAUGAGCUUAAAAAAUUUCAGGUAAUACGGGAAAUAGUUUCUCUUACGUCAUUCCCUCCUGCAUUCUCCUGCUCAUUAAUAUAAUACCUAUGCCAAGAUGGUAAAUAUUUGAAAUAUAGAAGCUUUAAAAAAAAAAAAAAAUACAAUGUGAUAUUGUGUUCAGUAGGCAGGAGAAAGACCUGGAGAAAAUGGCCAGGAGAUGGACUCUUCUUGGUAAUAUGAUGCCUUUUCUUUUUAGACUAAAA